GGAAGGGGCUUUCUGUUGGGAAGAAGAAGAAGCAGAAGCAGAAGCAGAAGAGAGUGGUGGGAGUGAGACUGAGACUGAGACUGAGAUAGAUCAAAAUUCAAAAGUGAAUCGCAGAGACUGAAAAAAUGGAGGUUGGGUUCUUGGGUCUGGGGAUAAUGGGCAAGGCCAUGUCAAUCAACCUUCUACGCCAUGGCUUCAAGGUCACUGUUUGGAACAGAACCCUCUCCAAGUGUGAUGAGCUUGUGGAACAUGGUGCUUCAGUUGGAGAAACUCCGGCAGCUGUAGUCAAGAAAUGCAAGUAUACAAUUGCAAUGUUAUCUGAUCCUGCAGCUGCUUUAGCGGUUGUGUUUGAUAAAGAUGGUGUUCUUGACCAAAUUAAGGGAAAAGGUUAUAUUGACAUGUCAACCGUGGACGCUGAAACAUCUUUAAAGAUAUCUGAGGCAAUCAAAGCAAAAGGUGGUAGUUUCGUUGAAGGUCCUGUUUCAGGUAGCAAGAAGCCCGCAGAAGAUGGCCAGCUAGUAAUACUUGCUGCUGGGGACAAGGCCUUGUAUGAGGAAGCACUUCCAGCAUUUGAUGUACUGGGGAAGAAAUCUUUCUUUCUAGGCGAGGUUGGAAAUGGUGCAAAAAUGAAACUUGUCGUUAACAUGAUAAUGGGCAGUAUGAUGAAUGCUUUCUCUGAGGGGCUCACACUAGCUGAAAGAAGUGGUUUGAACCCUGGAACUCUUCUUGAUGUACUGGAUCUUGGUGCCAUAAGUAACGGCAUGUUUAAGCUGAAAGGACCCGCAAUGCUAAAAAACAAUUACUCCCCAGCUUUUCCGCUGAAACAUCAGCAGAAGGACAUGAGAUUGGCUCUUGCCCUUGGAGAUGAAAAUGCUGUAUCAAUGCCUGUAGCAGCUGCGGCAAAUGAGGCAUACAAGAAAGCCAGAAGCUUGGGGUUGGGGGACCUUGAUUUUUCAGCUGUCCAUGAGACUUCGAAAACUCUUGAUCAUUAGGAUAGCUUUCUGAAUUGAUUAAACCACUGUUAUGAGCAACAACAGCAUGAUGUGAAACAUCUAUUUAUGAACUAGCUGUUUGAGCAUAGGUCUAAUUUACAGAUUCUUGUUUGAAUGAACCUUGUAAACUGUUUCCACCUUCAUCGCAACAUGAAAUUAAAAUAUGCAAGCAAGCGAUUGAGCUUA